AUGGACCACGCCCAAAUCAAUGUCCAACCCUCCUCGGCUAUGCCCUCGGAGCUUGUCCUUCGCGGCAGCUCGGCGCUCGUUGAAGCAUUCGAGGGCAUCGCAUACGGAUCCAUUGCGGGCAUCAUUGGCAAAUACAUCGAAUACCCCUUCGACACCGUCAAAGUCCGGUUGCAGAGCCAGCCAGACCACCUCCCACUUCGCUACACGGGCCCCCUCGACUGCUUCAGGCAAUCCUUCAGAGCCGACGGAUUCUCCGGCCUUUACCGAGGCAUUAGCGCUCCGCUGGUCGGAGCGGCCGCCGAAACCAGCAGCCUCUUUGUAUUCGAAAAGGUCGGACGGGAAGCCCUCUUCAGUACCGGUUUUUCUUCUCGAGAAAAGGGCCUGUCCGUGCCGGCUCUUUGGGCCACUGGCGCGUUUUCUGGCGUUUGCACCUCGUUCGUCUUGACGCCAAUUGAGCUGGUCAAGUGCAAGGUCCAAGUGCCAGCCCACGUGGAAGGCCACGCAGCUCCUCCUGUGCGCCCUCUCGCCGUCGUGCGACAUGUCUUUCGCCACGAGGGCCUGCGCGGAUUCUGGCGCGGCCAGAUGGGAACCCUCGUCAGAGAAGGUGGCGGGAGUGCCGCCUGGUUUGGUGCCAAAGAGACGGUGACAUCCUUGUUUUACGGCAUCAGAGAACGGUCAGCCAAGUCUCGCUCAGAGGCUCAGACGGCCAUGGCCCAGCCGCUGCCGCUUUGGCAGCAAGCAGUGGCUGGCGCCUCGGCUGGCGUUUCGUACAACUUCCUCUUCUUUCCCGCCGACACCAUCAAAUCCCGCAUGCAAACAGUUGCUGUGGGCACGCUGGCCCGGAAGAGCGGCUUUUUGCAAGAAGGUAUUAUGAUAUGGCGACAGCAUGGUGUUCGUGGCCUGUAUCGCGGUUGCGGAAUCACCUGCAUGCGGUCUGCGCCGAGCUCCGCCUUCAUCUUCAUGAUUUACGAUGGCCUGAAGCGAAAUUUCCCCAUGCAAUAG